AUUUCAGUACCAAGAGCGGUAACCCUGAGCUACACUCGGGCUUACCAUGCGGCGUUGCUCAGGGAGUCACUGCAGCGCUUACAUUGUCCUUCGCUCCCCGCGAUGUGUCCCCUGCAGCGUCCCCGGCCAUCUCCUCCGGCCGAUGCCGGCAUCCGGCUUCCGUGUUCCAGUCCCUGUGACGUCGGGACGUACGGGCGACGGAACCGGCGGCAAAUUUGAAAUUUUUAAAAAAUGUCAUUUUUUUAAAAAAUGAUUAUUACAGUCAGUGCUUUGUCUUGUGCCCUGCCUACAUUUUGACUGUUCUUUCUG